AUGACGAUUGUCCCUGCACAUCCGUACAGCUCCGCGACCGAACUUAUACUGAAAACGGUGGCGCUAGGUUUCCCCGCUACGGGCGGGCAUGCGCCGUACCUCACCAACCUCACCCCAAGUGCAGCCGUAACGCUUGUGAACCCCGAAAGCAAUACAGGGAGUGUUGCGCUAACCCAUUCUCCUCCUCUCUCCCGGUAUAACAAAGCCUCCACCUCACCUCAUCCUCUCAUCCAUACGCCAGUAGAUAACCUGCCACCUAAUACCCCAUCCCAUUACAUUGCCUCCCUUAAUAUGCCCACCCGCCGACACGUAGAAAGUUCGAGAAAGUUCACGCGAAUACUGCAAUGCGGCAAUCUGGUGCCUGGAUGCCUCCCGCGUAACCCCAUCCCUCAGUUUCCCACUCGAAAUGAGGUUGUAGGGUGGCGAACGCCUCCCCGUUUCCACGCCAUUUCUAGAAAUUUCUCGGCAAUGCCGCAUUGCGGA